AUGUCUAGGAAAAGAAGUACUAAGCCCAAGCCAGCAGCUAAAAUAGCUUUGAAAAAAGAAAAUGACCAGUUCCUCGAGGCAUUGAAACUAUACGAAGGGAAGCAAUACAAAAAAUCUCUCAAGCUGCUAGACGCAAUUUUGAAAAAAGACGGUAGUCACGUUGAUUCCUUGGCUUUAAAGGGUCUUGAUUUAUAUUCUGUAGGUGAGAAAGAUGACGCUGCUUCCUACGUGGCUAAUGCCAUCAGAAAAAUUGAAGGCGCUUCAGCAUCACCAAUCUGCUGUCAUGUAUUAGGUAUCUACAUGAGAAACACCAAAGAGUACAAAGAAUCUAUUAAAUGGUUCACGGCAGCUUUGAACAAUGGGUCCACUAACAAGCAAAUAUAUAGAGACUUAGCAACUUUGCAAUCACAAAUUGGCGAUUUCAAAAAUGCUUUAGUGUCCAGGAAAAAAUAUUGGGAAGCAUUCCUUGGUUACCGUGCCAACUGGACAUCAUUGGCUGUGGCACAAGAUGUGAACGGUGAGAGGCAACAAGCUAUUAACACUUUAUCUCAGUUUGAAAAACUCGCUGAGGGAAAAAUAUCUGAUUCCGAGAAAUAUGAACACAGCGAGUGUUUAAUGUACAAAAACGACAUUAUGUAUAAAGCUGCCAGUGAUAACCAAGACAAGUUACAAAAUGUAUUGAAACAUUUGAAUGAUAUCGAGCCAUGCGUCUUUGAUAAAUUUGGUUUAUUAGAGAGAAAAGCAACUAUUUACAUGAAAUUGGGUCAAUUGAAAGACGCGUCCAUUGUUUAUAGAACUCUGAUCAAGAGAAAUCCAGAUAAUUUUAAGUACUACAAAUUACUGGAAGUAUCCUUGGGAAUCCAAGGUGACAAUAAAUUGAAGAAGGCUUUGUAUGGAAAACUUGAACAAUUUUAUCCAAGAUGCGAACCACCCAAAUUUAUUCCAUUAACUUUCCUUCAAGACAAAGAAGAGCUCAGCAAAAAAUUGAGAGAAUAUGUUUUGCCUCAAUUGGAGCGCGGUGUUCCAGCAACUUUUUCCAACGUGAAACCCCUUUACCAAAGAAGGAAGUCCAAGGUUUCACCACUAUUGGAGAAAAUUGUCCUUGAUUAUUUGUCCGGAUUAGAUCCUACGCAGGAUCCAAUUCCUUUUAUUUGGACCAAUUAUUACUUGUCUCAACAUUUCCUUUUCCUUAAGGAUUUUCCGAAAGCCCAAGAAUAUAUUGAUGCUGCCCUUGACCACACCCCAACUUUAGUUGAGUUUUACAUCCUCAAGGCACGUAUCCUGAAGCACUUAGGCCUAAUGGACACAGCGGCUGGAAUUUUGGAGGAAGGUAGGCAACUUGAUUUGCAGGAUAGAUUUAUCAACUGUAAAACGGUUAAGUACUUUUUAAGGGCUAACAAUAUCGACAAGGCGGUGGAAGUCGCGUCCCUUUUCACCAAAAACGAUGAUUCUGUUAAUGGUAUUAAGGACUUACACCUUGUGGAAGCUUCUUGGUUCAUCGUAGAACAGGCAGAAGCCUAUUAUAGACUAUACCUGGAUAGAAAAAAGAAAUUAGACGAUUUAGCAUCGCUAAAAAAAGAGGUUGAAAGUGAUAAAAGCGAACAAAUUGCGAAUGAUAUCAAAGAAAACCAAUGGCUUGUUCGCAAAUAUAAAGGUUUGGCGCUGAAAAGAUUCAACGCUAUUCCAAAGUUUUAUAAACAAUUCGAAGAUGACCAGUUGGAUUUCCAUUCAUACUGUAUGAGAAAAGGUACGCCAAGAGCCUAUCUGGAGAUGUUAGAAUGGGGAAAGGCACUUUAUACCAAACCCAUGUAUGUUCGCGCAAUGAAGGAAGCAUCAAAGCUUUACUUUCAAAUGCAUGAUGAUCGCUUAAAAAGAAAGUCCGAUUCUUUAGAUGAAAAUUCAGAUGAAAUCCAAAAUAAUGGCCAAAAUAGUAGCAGCCAAAAGAAAAAAGCUAAGAAGGAAGCAGCCGCUAUGAACAAACGGAAAGAAACUGAAGCCAAGAGUGUUGCUGCUUAUCCGAGUGAUCAAGAUAACGAUGUAUUCGGCGAAAAGUUGAUUGAAACCUCCACUCCAAUGGAGGACUUCGCUACCGAAUUUUAUAAUAACUACUCCAUGCAAGUCAGAGAAGACGAAAGGGAUUAUAUUUUGGACUUUGAAUUUAACUACAGAAUUGGAAAGUUAGCUUUGUGCUUUGCUUCUCUAAACAAAUUCGCUAAGAGAUUUGGCACCACGAGCGGUUUAUUUGGUAGUAUGGCCAUUGUUUUGUUACAUGCCACAAGAAACGACACCCCCUUUGAUCCAAUUUUGAAGAAAGUAGUCACGAAGAGCCUUGAAAAAGAGUAUUCUGAAAAUUUCCCAUUAAACGAAAUAUCUAACAAUAGCUUCGAUUGGCUGAAUUUCUACCAAGAAAAAUUCGGUAAGAAUGAUAUAAAUGGCCUGCUAUUUCUGUAUCGCUAUCGCGAUGAUGUUCCGAUCGGAAGCUCUAAUUUGAAAGAAAUGAUUAUUAGCAGUCUUUCUCCCUUGGAGCCUCACUCCCAGAACGAAAUUCUACAGUAUUACUUGUAG